UCAGCAGGUAAGAGACAGAAAAGAGAAAAUCAUGAAGAGAUUUGCCGUUCGAAAAAGUAGAUUAUAUAGAAUUUAAGAAUACUUACUUGAAAAGGUCAAAGGAGAUCAUUUUUCCGUUCAGAAAAAGAGGGAAAUAUCUGGAAGCCAGUGGGGAAGAAAAUGUCAAUUGGAUAGUCACAUAUGGCAGCCAGUAAUGCAGGCACCAACAAAAUAAGGAAUCACAUAUUUUUGACCUCCUCAAGAAUGUCAGUGAUGGAAAAGCUCCAUAGAUGUGCCUAUUGUGGGAAAAGUAAAGAGUUCAAAUCACAAGAGGAUCCACAGUGAACAAAGGCCAUAUAAAUACUCUAAAUGUGGCAAAACUUUAGUCAGAAUAGCUCCCUUGCGAUUCAUAGAAGGAUCCUCAUAGUAGAGAUGCCCUACAACUGCUCCCAAUGUGGUAAAUGCUUUUGCAAGCAUGGCAACUUUGUGAUACAUCAGAGGACUCACACCAGGGAGAAACCAUAUGAGUGUCCUGAGUGUGGGAAACGUUACACAGCAAAUUCCUACUUGAUAAGACACCAGAGGACUCACACAGGAGAGAAACCCUUUGAAUGUCCUGAAUGUGGGAAAGGUUUCACUGAGAAUUCCAGCCUGCUGAUACACCAGAGAACUCACACAGGAGAGAAACCCUUUGAAUGUCCUGAAUGUGGGAAAAGCUUCAGUCAAAAUUCCAGCCUGCUAAUACACCAGAGGAUUCACACAGGAGAGAAACCCUUUGAAUGUCCUGAUUGUGGGAAAUGUUUCAGUCAGAAUUCCAACCUGGUGAUACACCAGAGGACUCACACAAGAGAGAAACCCUUUGAAUGUCCUGAUUGUGGGAAACGUUUCAGUGUCAAUUCCAACCUGCUGAUACACCAGAGAACUCACACAGGAGAGAAACCCUUUGAAUGUCCUGAGUGUGGGAAAAGUUUCAGUCAGAAUUCCCAACUGGUGAUACACCAGAGGACACACACAAGAGAGAAACCCUUUGAAUGCCCUGAUUGUGGGAAAGGUUUCAGUGUCAAUUCCAACUUGCUGAUACACCAGAGAACUCACACAGGAGAGAAGCCAUUUGAAUGUCCUGAAUGUGGGAAAAGCUUCAGUCGGAAUUCCUACCUGGUGAAACACCAGAGGAUUCACACAGGAGAAAAACCCUUUGAAUGUCCUGAUUGUGGGAAAGGUUUCAGUGAGAAUUCCAGCCUGGUGAAACACCAGAGGACUCACACAGGAGAGAAACCCUUUGAAUGCCCUGAGUGUGGGAAAAGUUUCAGUCAGAAUUCCAGCCUGGUGAAACACCAGAGGACUCACACAGGAGAGAAACCCUUUGAAUGUCCUGAUUGUGGGAAAGGUUUCAGUGUUAAUUCCAGCCUGAUGAUACACCAGAGAACUCACACAGGAGAGAAACCAUUUGAAUGUCCUGAGUGUGGGAAAAGUUUCAGUCAGAGUUCUCAUCUCAUUGACCACCAGAGAACUCACACAGGAGAGAAGCCCUUUGAAUGUUCUGAAUGUGGGAAAAGCUACAGUCAGAAUUCCUACCUGGUGAUACACCAGAGGAUUCACACAGGAGAGAAACUCUUUGAAUGCCCUGAUUGUGGGAAAUGUUUCAGUCAGAAUUCCUACCUGGUGAUACACCAGAGGAUUCACACAGGAGAGAAACCCUUUGAAUGUCCUGUGUGUGGGAAAAGUUUCAAUCAGAGUUCCCAUCUCAUUGGCCACCAGAGGACUCACACAGGAGAGAAACCCUUUGAAUGUCCUGAAUGUGGGAAAAGUUUCAGACAGAGUUCCCAUCUCAUUGGCCACCAGAGGACUCACACAGGAGAGAAACGCUUUUAAUGUCCUGAUUGUGGGAAACGUUUCAGUGUCAAUUCCUAUCUGGUAUAUUCCUAUCACCAGAGGACUCACACAGAAGAGAAACUGUACGAGUGUCCGGAUUGU